AUGCCUCAUAGUAAGAGCAAAACUCUCAAGAUUGUGCAUAUUAAGAAAUGGGAAAAUUUAUAAAGUAUAUUAAAUAUCAAUAUAGAGAUUACAAUAAAACGGCUGUUGUCGCAUCACGCAUCUAAAGAAACAUGGUUCUAUUAGAAAGAAAAAAUAUAAUGUAAAAGUAAGAAGCGUUCCAAAAUACAGUAAAUGUUAGCAUUAACUUAAACAUUGACUGCAAGAGGGAAGCUGAUGGUGGAUGAAAAGAGAUCUACAAGAAGGAUCACAAGAUCAAAUGAAGGUAGCAAACUAAACUAUAUUAGUUGCCCUAAGAGAUAUAAUUCCAAUUAAUUGUACAAUUAGCUUAAUAAAUACCAAAUUAGUUUUUAAAAUUACAUUCUUAACAGACAUCAUUGUUUAUUACAAGCUGUUACAAAGAUGUGAGACAAGUGUGUAAGAAUAUUAUUUUUUGCAAGAUGUAGAUAACAAAUCGGAGUCUUAAAUUAAAAUAGAAUAAGCUGAAAAAUUAUUUGAACAUCUGCUAGGGAGAAUUAUUUUCUCAAAUGAAUUGCAUCACUAUUUAAUGAAUAGUUCAAAGAGUCUAACAAUCCCCACAAAAUGA